UGUUUUCCAAAUAUCAAUUCAUUUUCGGCAAAGAAAACGCACCCUUAAUGUUGAUCUGAAGUCGUGGCUUCUUCGGUACCGAAUGUAAAGUUGAUUGACAUGCCAUGAAAUAUAUAGAGUGACCUAGUGCUGCCGUGGAUUUUCUGUUGUCCACAAAAUUCCAGUGUGAUUUUGGUUGGCUGGUUGCCGACGUGACCCUGGUAAACCAAAGUUCAGAGAUAAAAACUGGAAGUUGAAAACGGCCAGUUUGAGAGAAUCAUCAUGGAAGGGGCAACUGCAAUAAAACAUGAUACAGAACUUAAAGUGAGUUUUGGCUAUCAAUGCAAUGGAAACAAGUUUGAUCCCUAUGAUGUUUCUAAUGGGUAUGAUAUACUUCGUGGAAUUAAAACGCAAAGACCCUGUGGCUUCUCAUUCUCCUGCUUAUCUGGUGCUGCUGUAAGUGCCAAUGCCACCUUGGCAAAUACAAAUAUCUGCAACGGGGUGAUAGGGGAAGAAAUACUUCCUGCUUGGGAUUCUCCAAAUUCAUUUCGCAAGAUUUCCUCAUCACCAUCCCUCUCAAAGUUGGACAUGUUAUCAUCCUCUUUUCAGAGCAGUACAUCUAACUUAAGCUGUAGUCCACCUUGUCAAAGUGACUCUUUUGAAAGUGACUCGUUUUUAAAGGCAAUGAGCGCUCCUUCAAAAGGUGACACUUUUCUGAAUGCAACGGAAGUUCAAGUAGCUGGUGGAGCAGCUGGGGAGGACAGGGUGCAAGCUGUUUGUUCUGAAGAGAAUGGAUGGCUCUACUGUGGAAUUUAUGAUGGAUUCAAUGGAAGAGAUGCAGCUGAUUUUCUUGCUGGGACAUUAUAUGACACCUUCACUAGUUUCUUCAAUGCUUCUUUAGAUUGGGAGUCAAAGCAGGAGUACCUGAAAGCUUUUGAUAGUUCAGAUGCAUAUGGGCCUCUCCAAUACAUUCUGGAGGAUAAUAGUUACACUUCUCAUGGGAAGAAUUUGCUUACAAAGAACUGCAAUUUUGAGAAUCCAAAUCCCGAGAACUUCAUGAAGAAUGCUCAAAAUUUUCGCAUGAAUAUGCCGUCAGAAUCUUUUCAGAGAGGUGUAGUAGAUUGUCUUCAACAUGCUUUAAAUCAGGCAGAAAAUGAUUUCUUAUACAUGGUUGAGCAGGAAAUGGAAGAUCGUCCAGAUCUAGUUUCUGUUGGUUCUUGUGUUUUGGUUGUGCUUCUGCAUGGCGAUGACUUGUACACACUCGGUCUUGGGGAUAGUAGAGCUGUUUUGGCUACAUAUGAACAACAUGUCAAUAAUGGCAGCGAGGAGUUGAAAGCCAUCCAGCUCACUGAGAGCCACACUGUUGACAACGAAGUCGAAAGAGCUCGACUUCUGUGUGAUCAUCCUGAUGACUCCAUGACCAUUUCAAUGGGGAAGGUCAAAGGCAAGUUGAAAGUCACACGGGCCAUUGGAGUCGGAUACUUGAAGAAGAAGAUUCUAAAUGAUGCACUCAUGGGUAUCCUUCGUGUCCGUGAUCUUAUAAGCCCUCCAUAUGUUUCUACCAUACCAUCAGUGAAUGUGCACAGAAUUUCGAAAGACGAUCACUUUGUCAUAGUUGCAAGUGAUGGUCUGUUUGAUUUCUUCAGCAAUGAUGAGGUUGUAGAAAUUGUGAAUUCCUAUAUCCAAUGCAACCCUUCUGCUGAUCCAGCAAAAUAUAUAGUGGAGCAGCUCAUGUUGAGAGCAGCCAAUUCUGCAGGUUUCAGUAUGGAGGAAUUGAUGAGAAUUCCUCCAGGGAGGAGGAGGAAGUAUCACGACGACGUAACUGUUAUUGUGAUAAUCCUCGGAACAAAUCAGCGCACUUCCAAAGCAUCGACAUGUGUAUAAGAUUCUAUAUAUCGUAAUUAUCCUAGUUAUGUAAUACCACAGCAGAUAGUCCCUGCUUCUCUUCUGUUAGGAAAAAGAAAACAGAGAAAUUUGCAAGUGUACAUAUGGAAACAUCAGACAGACUGUUGGAUAAAAUUUUUUAUCACAAGCUCCAUGUAAUUAGCUCCAGUCCUAUUUCUGCAAA